AUGUCUAUGGUUGGUCAACGAACGUAUUUUCUAUGUCUUCAAGUGAAACAAAGUGCUGAUAGAUUCUUUAUCUCUCAAGAAAAAUGUGCUAAAAAUCUAAUUAAGAAGUUUGAGCUGGAAUCGUGCAAAUCACCUAGAACACCCAUCUCUACUUCCACAAAGUUAUCAAAAGAUAAUGCAGGUCAACUAGUGGAUUUUACUGUGUACAGAAGUUUGAUUGGAAGUCUUCUUUAUCUGACAGCCAGUCCACCACACAUUAUUUAUAGUGUUGGAAUGUGUGCAAGAUAUCAGUCAGCCCCCAAAGAAUCUCAUUUGAUAGCUGCUAAAAGGAUUUUGAAGUAUGUCAAGGGAACUGAACAAUACGGGUUAUGGUAUUCCAAGGAAAACAAUGUGUGUUUAGUUGCUUAUUGUGAUGUUGAUUGGGCAGGAAAUGUGGAUGACAGAAAGAGCACUUCUAGAGGUUGUUUCUUCAUUAGGAAAAAACUGAUAUCGUGGUUAAGUAAGAAGCAGAACUCCAUAUCAUUAAGUACUGCUGAGGCACAGAGAAUGUCUUAUGAUGAUACUUCUACACUGAUGUUGAUGGCAUCAGACAUAGACAACGAUGUCACUCCGGCUACCAUCGAUGAUACAGAAGAUGGAAAUAGGGCAGGGGCAUUUCUGAAGUUCUUCGGGAAGAGAGCUUUGGAAUGGGAAGAUAUCAUUCGCCUUCGAACAUCGGCUCAGGAGCAUUACUAG